GUUAUCAACACCCUCAGUUCGAUGGCUGCCGGCGGCAAGAAGGUGUUCAUUCCCUACCGCAACUCCAAGUUGACGCGGGUCCUUCAGGAGUCCUUGGGAGGGAAUGCGCUGACCACCAUGAUGGCCGCUAUUUCGCCCUCAAAGACAAACAGCGAAGAGACGUACUCGACCCUGAACUAUGCCGCCCGCGCGAAGUUCAUCAAGCUGAAUGCGUCGAAAAACGAGGAGGCAGAGCAUCUGUCGAAGCUUGAAGAGGAGGUAGAGAUGCUACGUGCCAAGCUCGCAGAAGCUGAGCAGGCAAAGAUUCAUAUCGACACCUCUCGCUACACAGAUCAGAUUGAAGAGAUGGAGCGCUUCAUGAAGCAAACUUGGGAGGACAAGGAGCGUGACACGCAGAAGCACGAG